GCUCGUGGAGUCUGUGUCUGCAGCUGCUGAGUAAGUAAACGGAUAAUAUGUGUGAGUCUGUGAGUGUGCGUGCGCGCGAGCGUGUGCUGUGUGUUUGCCUAUGAGCACUACUGAGAAAAAAGGCUCGCGAGAAUUAACAGAAAGGGUUAGUAGGGUUAGUGGACGAAGUGGUCGGGUUUUAAAGCAUGCAGAUGGGUUCCGUGUGCGAAUUGCGCCUUACGAGGAAACGCUGGACCAUUUGCACCAUCGGCCUCCUUCUAAUCUUCUACAAGACGAAAGAAAGAGCAAGAACUAACGAGCAUCAGGAAGCCCAACUCACAAGUGAGAAUGAACUGAGUACUUCAAGACUACUGGCCAACAGCAGCGAGAAAAUCUUUCGGAAGAACCUUCCGGGAUAUUUGCAGGGCACGCAAGAGGGGUGGAAGGUCAAUGCUACUCUGGUUAGCCUAAUAAGGAAGGACAUUCUCCACUUCUUGGAUGCAGAGAGGGACGUAUCCGUGAUCAAGAGCAACUUUAAACCUGGUGACACCAUCCACUACGUUCUGGACAGACGCAGGACGCUGAACGUCUCACACACUCUGUACAGCCUGCUUCCUGAGGUCUCGCCUCUCAAGAACAAAAGGUUCAAGACAUGCGCUGUGGUGGGCAACUCAGGCGUGCUCCUCAAGAGCGGAUGUGGGAAGGAGAUAGACAGCCAUGAUUUUGUUAUACGAUGUAACCUCGCUCCCAUGGAUGAAUACGCCGAGGAUGUGGGCUUAAGGUCAGACUUCACCACCAUGAACCCGUCUGUGAUUCAGCGCGUGUACGGCAGCCUGCUGAACGAUACGGUGCGUGAGCGCUUCGUGCAGCGUUUAAGGCUGUUGAAUGACAGCGUCCUGUGGAUUCCAGCCUUCAUGGUGAAAGGAGGAGAGAAGCACGUGGAGGCCGUCAACGAGCUCAUCCUCAAGAGAAAGCUUCCGGUGCGCAUGGCCUACCCAUCCCUCCGCCUGGUCCAUGCUGUCAGAGGGUACUGGCUCACAAACAAGGUCAAUAUCAAGCGUCCCAGCACUGGAUUGCUGAUGUACACCAUGGCCACUCGUUUCUGCGACGAAAUCCACUUGUACGGAUUUUGGCCAUUCCCAAAAGACGCCAAUGGAAAUCCAGUGAAGUAUCAUUACUACGACAUGCUCAAGUACCGAUAUUUCUCCAACGCAAGUCCUCACCGGAUGCCACUUGAGUUCAAGACGUUAAAAACGUUACACAGUAAAGGGGCACUAAAGCUGACGACAUCAAAAUGUAGACCAGCCUGACUUCUUCAUCUUGUGAACGUAUCAACUGAUCGAAACGAUAGAUGAUGCAGAUGAGUGACAGAAAACCCCACUCGAGUCCUCUGAAGAAGAACUGAACAUGCCUUCAGUUAGAUAUUACAAAGGCACUAUCUACAGAAUCAAAAAUGCUUCAGAGCGCUCUAUCAUAUUUCAGUCCAUUCAAUUCCCCAAGUCACUGCUGAACUGUUAAAGAGCUCUUGAGCUACAGAUACCUUGCAAUAGUUGACUGGUGAGGUUAAAUCUCAUCGGUUGUUCAACAUGUGAAUACUGUAUGGUUGUUCUCAGUGAUUUCAUCUCCAAUUGGUAGCAUCGUUCAGACAGGAAAGUUCCUGUAACGUCUUUUCAGUCCCAAAGAUCUUCAUGUUCCUUGAGAGAUUGUAAUGUUUUUUCAGUGCUAUUAUUUUUAGGAGCUAGAGGCCUUUGUGCAUAAUAGUGCAAAAUAUUUUUAUAUGAAAGUAGGUCAUACAGUGCUUACAUGUUCGAUUUGCUGUGUUCAAGAUGUCACUAAUUUUUAAGCCAUUUCAAGCCCGGAUGAUGUAAGAUAUUGUAAGUCAGAACGGUAAUACCACUUGUGUAAAUGAUUCAUAGUUUGUUACACAGAGGAGUAGGCUGGUGAUUGUGUUCCUGAAAUGUACUAUAUAUUUAUUGAUGCUGAAUAUUGGGAUCUGAUCAUUGUUUUAUUUUUAUUUUUUUCUUCUUUUAAGGCCUGGAUAUGCUGAACUAUUCAUCGCGUUCUACAGUUUAGUUUUGUUUCUUAUUAAACUGUGUUUUUGUCAUUUGUUUGAUGAAAUAGUUACUUUAGCACUGACUUUUUCAAUCAUAAAUUGUCCCUGCAUCAGCUUUCAUAUUUAUGUCAUCUAUAACGUGACCUGCUAAUAAUCAAGCUUAACUUUCGCCGCCUAAAAUCCUACAAUAAGCGUUUAUAAUAAGGUGUUCAAAUAAAUAAUCAAUUGUGGAUUUCAAAUGAGGUGUAUACAUGUAUACAUGACAUUUUUUGGAAUGUGAUGGCUAUACAUACGUAAUAGAAGUGAAGACACUUCUCUCUCUGUGAUUUAUACAGAGAUCGUGAUUAGUACAGAUGCACCUGCUGCAGAAAUCUUGUCUUGCACAAAACAAAAAAUUGAUCCAUCCUGAUUUCUUAUGUUUUUGUUAUAUAUACAAGGAUGUGCAAAGAUUUAGUAGUAAAUAUUUCCUUUGAUUUUCACCAACGUUAAUGGCUGAUUAUUACCGCGAUAACUGUGAUACUUUAAGCCUAGGUGAUGAGACCAUGAAAAAUAUAAACCGGAACAGCCCGACUUUAAUACAUUCCAUAUUUCGACUCCAUUUUUUUUUGUUUUUUUUCUAGAGUGAAUGUGUAACAUUGCCUUUAUCAUUUGCACAUUAGCUCAUUGUAGUGAACAUUGCUAUUGCACAACAUGUGUAUGCUCAGUGGUUCCAGGCCUUUGGUGCUUCUCCAGUUUCUCUCACUGAUAUCUGAACGAGUUUUUGCUACCUGCAGCACUGUUCAUAUAUAAGAAUGUAAAGACUUUUCCGUCGGGUUUCAACAGAAACGUACUUCUUCACGCUGACUGCAUAUUGUAAUGUAUUCCAUGCACUGUAUCGCUGGAGUUUGGUCUCAAGUACAGUAUGGACUUAUUUCCUAGAAUAUUGUUAUGUCAUAUUUGUCACUUUUUGUACAAAUUGUGUUUGCUUGCCAGUCAUUCUGGUUUGCAGUGUUUUGCCAUCUGGUUGUUUUGUGAAGGUUGCUGAAAGCUGUGAUCGUAAAAAAUGCCUUUAAAUGUUACAACCUGCCUGGUAUUCUGUCUCUGAAUAUGUAGCUUUAGCGAGCAGAGUUAGUCAACAACUAAACACUCAGCAUUCGCAAUAAUGCAAAAGAGGUCUGUUGAAAAAAACAGUAACUGGAAAUAUUAAAUGGUAUUUCACAGCCUGUCCUGAGACAUGACUGAUUCAAUCGAUUAACUCAACAAAAGAGAUUAGCACUCACAAGGUAAUGUUUAUGUGUUUACAGAUUAUGGCACAGGCUUGUCAAGCACUAUGUGAAGACUGACUGUGUUAAAGCCAGUGGUGUACUGGGGAUUUAUUUAGCAAAUGACGGUGGAAUAAGAUGCUGGGCUCCGUCAAGAAUGAGGACUAAUGACUAGAACCAUGUGUAUUGUGUGGAUAUACUGUGUAUGGUUCUAUGGUAUGUCCUAGAGAUACUGUAAUGCCUGUUAUUUGCAGCCAUGUAUCAUACUAUUUAUUGUUUGAGGACAUUUCUGUUGUUUUCUCUUUCAGGAUUUUCAUUUGGUCAGUAAUUUAUAUUGUAAUUUUUUGUAAAGAUGUUGAAUGUGAUCAAUCAUUUUUAGACAGUUUGAUACUUGUUUUGCUAAACUUGCAGCUUUAAUCUGAUUUCACUUUUUUCAAAACCAAAUUUCUAUGUUUGUAGAAAUUUUAGACA